CCCAUACCACUAACGCCUCCCUUCCACCCACAGCUACAGAUUCAACAAUUUGAUGGCACAAGGAAAAAAGGUAUUCCUGUGCCUAGACGUUUUUGUAUAUAGAGUCCUGUACUGACGUCCGGAUAGGAGUAAAUCAAACAAGUGAUGACCAGGAUGUGAAGGGUCUACAGCAAUUCUCUCUGCUCUCUUCCUGACUCGAGCGGCAUAAAGUGUCUCUAUUGGAGGCAAACUAACACCAAUUACCCUCUCUGCUGUUCUUACUGCUCGUUGGACCCUCCUCUUGUCCAGCUUAGAGACUGUACCAUACCAGACAGUAAUGGAAUUACAGAGGAUAGUUUCAAUAGUACCUCUAUAGAAUUGGACCAGCGAUUCUUGGGGCAGAUUAAAUUUCCUUAGUUGUCACAAGAAAUACAAUCUCUGGUGUAUCUUUUUAAUAAUAAUAUUGAUGUUAUCUGAUCAAUUCAAUUUUUGAGAGAUCAUAGAGCCCAAGAACUUAAAGGACUCUACCACUACAACCGUGUUACCAAGAAUUGGCAACUAGAUGAGAGGGUGCCUUCUAAAAUCAAUUAUCAUUUCCACUGUCUUUUGGGCAUUUAGCACCAAGCUAUUCCUGCUGCACCACGAGACAAGAUGAUCUACUUCCCGCGUAUAUGCAGAUUCAUCCUCCUCCUGGAUGAGCCCAAUGACUGUAGUAUCAUCCACAAAUUUCUUGACACAUGCAUGUAACACCUCCCAUACUGUUAAAUAUGGUGGUUUAAUAUUUUUAAUAUUAUCCCUCUUUGCAAUAGCUUGUCCUGCAGUGAUUUAAAAUCUGAUAAGAGUCUGUUUUUUUGGCUAAAAUUAUACUUGAAAAAAAAAGAGUUUUCUCUUGGGUUAUUAAAAAUCGAAAGGAGCUUCACCAACAUAUGCAGUUGCUGGCUGUGCACUGCAUGGUGGUUUAGUGUUUCUGCGCACAUGUUUACAUGCAUAUAAGAGACAAGAUCCAUCCACACACACACCCCCCCCCACACUUCUUGUGAGCCUGGGAAGGGAGCUAAAUAUUGAAAACUGACAGCAGCUCUUGGCAACUAAUUUUUUUUUAAUCAAGACUUUCCCCAAAGGCAAAUAUAGAGACAGUGAUUGUACAGGAAAUAUAGAUAAUCAGAGCAUAUGCUGAAUAAGCAUGUGCUGUGCAAGAACAACACUCUUAGGCAUUUAUGGUGAGAACAUAAUUUCAAAAGUUACAGAACACAGAGCAUCUUUAGGCAUGGGGUCGAAAUUAGGAAUGUACCAAGCAUGUCAAUGGAAUGUCUUUAUACAACAUAGUCACUUUUUUCAGAUUCCUUCUUUAAAGCAGGGAUUAAAAAUUCCUAACUCAAUUACGUGAACCCAGCCUUAGACCAAUGAGUGUAUUGAUGGAUGUACUGGUAUUUCAAAACUCGUUUAUAGUAGAUUAUUCUAAAACAGCCUUCCCCAACCUGAUGAUUUCCAGAUGUUGGACUAUAUCACUGCAAUACCUCAAGAAUAGCCUCUCUGCAUAUAAACCAACCCAGACACUGUGUUCAUAAUUUGAGGCCUUUCUUCGUGUGCCUCCUCCAUGUGAGGUCCCGGGGGGGGGGCAACACAAGAAUGGGCCUUUGCUGCAGUGGCUCCCCGUUUGUGGAAUUUUCUCCCCAGGGAGGUUCAUCUGGUGACUUAUAUAUCUUUAGGCACCAGGCAGAAAUAUUCCUCUUCAACCAGGCCUUUGGUUGAUUAAUAUUCUACAGCUUUUUCAGUGUAGGAGGGGGUUAUUGUAUUGUUGUUUCUGUUUUAACUAUUUCUUUGUGCUUUUACCUCGUGUUUUUAUCUUAUGAAAUGCCCUGAGACCUUUUGAUGAAGGGUGGUAUUUAAACCUAAUAAAGAAUAUAUCAUCCCUAACCACUGCUGGCUUUGGCAGAUGGGAGCUGAAAUGGAACAAUAUCUGGAGGGCACUAGGGACUCCAGAAAAGAAAAAGUGUUUUAUAUGUGUUGUAUAGGUGUUAUAACACUGUGACACUAGAUGGCACUGUGGAGUCCUGUCUUUCCAUACCGGAUAUCCCUGUACAGUAUGUGUUUAACUCAGGCAUCCCCAAAUUGCGGCCCUCCAGAUGUUUUGGCCUACAACUCCCAUGAUGCCUAGCUAACAGGAUCAGUGGUCGGGGAAGAUGGGAAUUGUAGUCCAAAACAUCUGGAGGGCCGAAGUUUGGGGGUGCCUGCUUUAACUGAAUCGCUUCUUUGACAUGUCUAGAUCCAGCCCAGCUUAGAGAAGAUUGCUUUAGGAAGUGAGCAGAUUCUUCUUACUCAUAGACUCAUGCACACAACCCAACAAUCUUUCUUUCUCGUGUUCUAUUCACCUAAGCGGGUGGGCAGGGCUAAGGUUGCUGGUUUGACCACAACACAGCCUUGAGUCUCAUAUACUAGGAAAAGCUAGUCCAACAUGAAGUGUAAUGAGGAUAUGUUGCUCCCACUGUACCACACUACUCUGCAUCUAUGUCUCCCCUUGCAGGCCAAUUCCCACCACUGUGUUCCUCCACCUCUUCUCUAUCCAGGUCAGUUGUGUACACACAAUUUAAAGAAGAAAGAGGAGGGGUUGGAAUGGUGUUAAAAUCUGGCUUGGCAAGCUUACACUUAUUCAUCCUUUGUUGCCUGUGGAAAGCAAAAGACUGAGUGCUAGUCAGUCAGUUCACAGCAGACAGCAAGAAACAAUCCUGGGUGUGUUUGUAUCAUUUGUUUGCUGAAUUGUGACCAUAGAUCAUAUUUAUAUUAUAUAUUGCAGUAGAGAUAGUAGGAUUAGGAAAAGGGACAUUUUUGUAGUGACUAGAGGAGGGAAUGGAGGUAAAAUAUUCAGAGCUAAAAUGUUUUUGAAAUCUUAGUCUCAAAUAUGAAAGAGAUUUCUCUUGUCUACCUUUAUGCAUUUGGGGCAGAAUUACGGGACUAAACUGCAUUGUCUUUGGUUUAUUGCUGGUUAUAGAGGAAUUGUGAAUUGUCACCUGCAUUUCAGCUAAAAAUGACAUUUCUUUGCUGUGGGGUUUUCCCCCCCAAAGGAGCAAUUUAACAUCCAGGCUGAGCAGAGCAGAGCUGAGCAGAGCAGGAAAAAUGCAGAAAUUGAAUGAUUACGGGAGUAUGUUCUGCAGUGCCGAGAACACACUGGCAAGGGCGGUCUCUGGCUGUCACUUUAAAAAAAAUGACCUGCUUGUUGGAGGAGGGGCAGUUUCCUGAGAAUCAGGUGCAUGUCUGUAGAGAUGAUGUCAUCUUUCUAAGUAGACCUGCUUGAGAGAGACGGAUGCAGAGGAGGGAAUGAUUUCCUAAUUGCAGAUUUCCAGCUGGAAGGAGUAAGAAAUGGAUAGAGCACAGGCAGUUUCUAGGCAUUCCAUUUGCAAGAGAAGGAACAUUAGAAGAAACUGCUCAAGUUCUACGCAGGACGUUAAAAGAACUUCAGGAAGAGAAGACCUUUUUUUGCUCGGAUUAAAGGGCAUUAUUUUUGAAUCUCUCCUUUGCUCAGCUUCUAAAAAGCCAGUUGGCCUGAAUCAGUAUUCCAGCAAGAAACUACUGACAAGAAGAAGUGAGGGGAUUGCUUUUUCUUUACUGGAUCUUUUCUCUGUUGGAUUUGGCUCAUCAGUCUGAGAAGAUUUAAAAAGAAAGGGAAGUUGUUUUUGUUUUUUCUUGUUUUGUAUCCAUUUUGAACACUUGCAAUUUUAUUAUUUGCAAAGUGUUACCUGAAUUAUUAUUAUUGUUAUACUAAAGGAUGACACAUAAUCACAAUGCUACUUGAAAGACCAUGACUGCUUUUAGUUUGCCUUCCUCUUUUCAGCUAUUAUGACAGGUGUUUCUCUACAUGUACUGUAGUUUUAUAUAGCAAAAUUAGCAGCAUUUGAAGAAAAUUAUGGUUUACUAAACCUUGAUGCAAUACAAAUGAGAAAUCUGGAGAUAGAAUUUAGUUUUAGUGUUAUACAAGCUACUUCUGAUUUUGAAUCAAGGAAAAGACUUCGUGUACAUAACAUGCAGGUAUAAAACCUUCCAUAUGAUAAAGUCUGAAGUGUGAAAGAUGUCUUGGAAGAGGAAUUAUUUUUCGGUGGGACGGGGCACUGUGCAAGGAAUGUUCACUCCACGUAAUACAACAUCUAUAGCACCUAGUAAAGGUCUCAGCAAUGAGCCUGGACAGAACAGCUGUUUCUUGAAUAGUGCAUUACAGGUUCUCUGGCAUCUGGAUAUAUUUCGACGUAGUUUUCGACAACUUACAACACACAAGUGUAUGGGAGAUUCUUGUAUAUUUUGUGCUCUCAAAGGUAUCUUUAACCAGUUUCAGUGCAGCAGUGAGAAAGUGUUGCCAUCUGAUGCACUUCGUAGUGCACUUGCAAAGACUUUUCAAGAUGAACAGCGUUUCCAGUUGGGCAUCAUGGAUGAUGCUGCCGAAUGCUUUGAAAACCUCUUAAUGCGGAUUCACUUUCACAUUGCAGAUGAAUCUAAAGAAGACAUCUGUACUGCCCCACACUGCAUUUCACACCAAAAGUUUGCAAUGACCCUAUUUGAGCAGUGUGUUUGUACCAGUUGUGGUGCCACCUCUGACCCAUUGCCCUUUAUCCAGAUGGUACAUUAUAUCUCAACCACUUCACUCUGCAAUCAGGCAAUUUGCAUGCUGGAAAGACGAGAGAAACCCACUCCAGAUAUGUUUGGAGAGCUGCUACAAAAUGCCAGCACCAUGGGGGACUUGAGAAACUGUCCGAGCAACUGUGGGGAAAAGAUUCGCAUUCGUCGUGUGCUGAUGAACUCUCCCCAGAUCAUCACUAUUGGGCUGGUGUGGGACUCUGAUCACUCUGAUCUGGCUGAGGAUGUAAUUCACAGCCUGGGCACCUGUCUUAAACUGGGAGAUCUUUUCUUCAGAGUAACUGAUGACAGAGCAAAACAAUGUGAACUGUAUUUGGUUGGAAUGAUCUGUUACUAUGGAAAACAUUACUCUACCUUCUUCUUCCAAACAAAGAUCCGCAAGUGGAUGUACUUUGAUGAUGCUCAUGUUAAAGAGAUAGGUCCGAAAUGGAAAGAUGUUGUGACCAAGUGCAUUAAGGGUCAUUAUCAGCCCUUGCUACUACUAUAUGCAGACCCGAGAGGAACUCCAGUAUCAACGCAGGAUCUUCCCACACAGGUGGACCUACAACAGUAUAGCAGGACCUACUAUGAUAGUGAAGACUCAGGGCGUGAGCCUUCUAUCGCAAGUGACACCAGGACAGACUCUUCUACAGACAGCUAUCCCUAUAAACAUUCCCACCACGAAUCUGUGGUCAGUCACUUCUCUUCUGAUUCUCAGGGAACUGUCAUUUACAACAUGGAAAACGAUGUAGCUUCACAAAGCAGCAGGGACACAGGACACCUGACUGACAGUGAAUGUAAUCAGAGGCAUAUUUCCAAAAAGGGCUCGCUGACAGACCGCAAGAGGAGUUCCAGCAGGUCUCGGAAAAAGGGAGAUGAAUCACAUCCGUCAGGAUAUCACAGUGAAGGGGAAACAUUGAAGGAGAAACAAGCCCCCAGAACUGCCCCUAAGACAUCCAGCAGUACCAGCAGGCUAAGGGAAUUUAAAGAGACUGUCAGCAACAUGAUCCACAACAGACCAUCACAGACAAGCCAAGGCUCUCCACGAACAGGGAAGGAUCAGGCUGAGAUACAGUCACUGCCCAGAGCUCUGCCUGCUCUGUCUCGAGACUGGGAAAUGGAGAGCACAAGCAGCGAAUCCAAAUCAAGUUCUUCUAGCAGGUACCGUCCAACUUGGAGACCCAAAAGGGAGUCACUGAACAUAGACAGCAUCUUCAAUAAAGAAAAGAGGAGGCAAUGUGGUUACACACAACUCAGCCCCUUCUCUGAGGAUUCAGCUAAAGAAUUUAUGGAAGAGGAGCCAAAGGAGCCAAUCUCCCAAACAAGAUCAACCCAACCCAACAGGUAUAAGCAAUGGACUCUAGGUCGGGGUGCGCACUAUUUGAUGGAUCAACAACCUCGCCUGAUCCAAAGGAUGGAAUCUGGCUAUGAAAGCAGCGAACGCAACAGCAACAGCCCAGUCAGCCUGGACAUGCCUUUAUCAGAGAGCUCUAGCACCUCCAGAGAUUCUCAUAUGAAGCGACCUGGAGCUUUUGUUCCUGCCUGGCGUAACAUUCCCAAAUCACAUAGCAGCAGUAUCUUGGAGGUAGAAUCUGCACCAACUGCUAGUUGCUGGUCAAAGAACAAGCACGCCAUCGGUAAUGGCGGGGAGAUGCUUGUCUCUUCUAAGAGUGAACUGGAUGAAUUACAGGAAGAAGUGGCAAGGAGGGCCCAGGAGCAGGAACUUCGAAGGAAGCGGGAAAAGGAACUGGAGGCAGCAAUGGGCUUUAAUCCCCGCCCAAGCAGGUUCAUGGACCUGGAUGAACUGCAAAACCAGGGGAGGACUGAUGGCUUUGAGAGGUCUGUGCAGGAGGCAGAUUCAGUCUUUGAAGAGUCACUGCAUCAAGAGCAGAAGGGAGACUGUGCUGCAGCUUUGGCUCUCUGUAAUGAAGCUAUAUCUAAACUAAGACUUGCCAUGCAUGAUGCCAGCUCUAGCACUCACAGCAGAGCUCUAGUCGAUAAGAAGCUGCAAAUCUCUAUCCGAAAAUCACGGAGCCUCCAGGAUCGCAUGCAGCAACAGCAGCCAGCCCAGCCGCCGCCCACCUGCCACCCGCCACCGGGGGGCAACAUGACCCAAUCUUCAAGUGAACAGACUGGCCCGCUCCAAGUACUGCUGAGCCAGAAGAUAGUACUGGAACCCAGCAGAGAAGCAGAACUUGGGUCCAGUUCUUAUUUCCAUCCACCUGCUUCCCAUCAUGAAAUGCAGUCAUCCUAUCCCAAGUCCUUUCUCCCACCUCCUGAAAGCAGCCCCUCUUGCAAGCCUUCUCUGAACUUUCAAGCUGCCUCUGCUGGUUUCAGUGAUCGAGCUCCCUCUUUUCCAAGUAGACACGGGGUGGGUGACAGAUCCAUUGGAACGGAGAAUGAAGUCUGCCAUGAUACAGUGCUAGAGGGAGUCUCUCCCACUAGUCUAAAAGACAAUAAGGAUAAGACAAUAAGUAGCAGUAAACUCGAAGAAGUGCAUAACAUAGUGGCUUCUCUCACACCAUAUUGCAAAUUGAAAAGUAACAUGGUAAACUCUGGAUCUUUGCCUACGCUCUUCCCCUCUUCACAUCCAGCACAAGCACCAUCUGAUAAAAACAGCAAUCAUAAUCCAUGCUUCAAAUCAUCAAGUUCUUCAGAGAGGCCUCUUAUUGAGCAGCAGUGGGCCAAUCACGUCAUAACCCUGGCUUCUCUUUCCCCUUUGCCCCACUGUCCUCCAGAUCCAUUGCAGACUGCAAAUAGGUACCCAAGAGCAAACAGCCACGAGAGUUUACAUCACUCACAGGAAGAAUUUGUCAGUGGGGGUUCUCUGAAACCUGAGAUGAUCAGUGCUAAGGGGCAUGUUCAUUCCCUUGCAGAGCAAUUUCAGCAGUUGCAGGGUGUCUCACAGAAGGAGGGCACUCAUGAGAAAGAAAGGGAAGUGUCUGUCUGUCGUGAUCAGUAUGCUCCAGUGUUACAACAGGAGUCCUUCAGCAAUCCUCAAUUCCUAAGGCCUAGGCAGCCAGUAGUUGGAAGGCAAGAGAAUGGAAUAUGGUUUGUUGAAAAGUUGAACUCGUGCCUGAGUUCUAGAGACAAGUUCAGUUCCGGAAAUUUUAGUGCUCACUGUAAAAUGUCCGAGAGUUCUGGAUCACACAAUGAAGAACUGUGUAAGAAAGGGGAACAUUGUUCCGUAGAUCCUGACUUAUCCCUGGGGAAGUUCAACCACGAGGGAGAAGUGAGAGAGGUGAAUGACGGCAAUCUUGCUGGCUUGGUUACAUCUAUGCCUGUGGACUGCUGGGUAGACAAUGUUAAAAGGUAUUAUAGUUCUCAGCUGGAUUGCAAGAGUGCCACCUGUCUUCCGGUGCCUAGGAACAAGUUGCCUGUGUCUCAUCAAGUAGCCUUUGUGGAGGACCCAAUACAGAAGCACCCACAGUGGAAUGAAGACACAGAACAGGAGAUUUCUGAGCUGGAGUCACUGUAUCAGGCUAGCUUACAGGCAUCUCAAACAAGCCAGUCUGUAUCGGGAAAGCUGGACAAUCCCUGGCAUCCAUUGGGCAAGACAGCAUCUGCAAACUUACCUACCAGAAAGAUGCGUGGUGUAGCUUGCAUGGGUCUUUCAAAAACACCAACAGCAGAGAUCGAACGUAACCUCUACGGAACCAUUGCAUCUCCAGUGUCCAAGGUACCAUACCCAAGAAACCAUGGCAGAGAGCCAGAAGAGGAGAUGUACAGUGCAGAGAACUUCCGUCGCAUUGCACGUAGUCUCAGUGGGACCGUCCUUGCAAACAAGGAGGAGACACUUGUUUCUUCCCACAGUUUUGAAGUGUCCAAUGAGAGGAAAAUGCCAGUGGAAGCCAGACACCGUUCCUCCAGCACCACUUCCCUCACUUUCCCUCACGAUUCUCCUCCUGUGUUACCCUUUGAUCCCCAGCACUAUUCAACCCAACUGCAGCACCUCUCCCAUGAUGCACCAGUGCCUAGCAUGGUGGGCAAGACACAUAGGCCAUCAGGAAAUCAGAAGAACAUCCAAAAAUUUUUGGUUGUGCCUGACAGGGGUGAAACUUUCCAAGGUGAAGACAACCCAGCUGUGGCACUGAACUAUGGGAGCCUCACGUACAAACAGCAGGGCCUGCCUUCUCAACUUGGGCAGAGACCUCUUCUUAAUCAACAUUUAGGAAGCAAAGAAGCAUCUGGCCCCACUGGCCACUGGCUGCAGAUGAGUCACACUGCCAGACAAACAGCAACACUGCCAGAUAGACAAACAGUACACUGGGGACAUGCUGCUCCGACAAACAAGGGAUCACAAAAACAUUUACUCCAGCAGCCACUGCAGCAAGGAAAACGGGGUGCUUGUGCCGCUGACUGUAGGUCGCCGCUUGGCACGAGUUACAGUACCUUAAGCAUACCUCAGUGGGCUUCAAGAGACACAGGUGGCUUUCAAAGUUGUCCAGUGCCACCCACACAGGCCAAGGUUCCAGGUCCCAGGAGGGUAGAUAUGCCCCCAGAUGAAGACUGGCGGCAGAAUAGCUAUACCUCUCAGCCUGGAGCAAGGAGAGUAUUGCCAGUGCACAUGAUGGAUGGAACUUACUCAUCUGCUUCUGAAGCGCACCGUAGGAUGCUGGCCCGCGCAGCUGCUGCUUCCAUGCACAACAGCGGCUGGUGAGGUCUCUUUAACUUCAGAAGAUAUGCCCCCUUAUGAAACAGGUUGUCCGAGCUAUAGUUGAUAAGACAGCAAGAUUUUUUUCAGUCCGUGUCUGUGCCAGUCUUGUCUUUAAAAGUAGCUACACAAUAAGUGGAAACUAAAUGCACUGUGUUUCUGUACUGCCGAACUGCUGUCCAUGGGGAACUUUUUAGAGACUCCAUUCUAAGCCUCUCUCCGCAGAAAAUGGUUUCAGGCCCACUAGCAAUUGGAAGAAGAGCAAGAGCUGCAAAUGAAAUCGGUUGUUGAAAGCAGGCUGUGUUUUAAAGGACUUGAGUCAUGAAAAGCAUCGCUACUAAUCCCAUAUGCCAACCCAUUAUUCAGUUUUGAGUUGUUCUUCUCUGUUAGAUGGGGCCUGAUAAACUUCCCAUGUUCUCUGAAGUUAAAGAUUUGGCAGUGCUUAUGGGUUAAUGAGGCAAAAGUAUCCUUCUUUGUGUUGAGAUGUUAGGCACAGAUGACUGCCGUAGGUGCUAGUGCGGAGCUGGAAAGAAGGCAUAGCUCAUGUGUAAAUCAGGCCUUCUCCCAUGUCCUCAAAGCAGACUAACAGUGCUUCAGAAAGCAAAGACUGUUAAGGCUGCACACUUAAUUAUAACAUUGUAAACACAGAAUCACUUUAACUAUUUUAGGGUCAAACAUACUUGCCUUUGUAAGUAUUUUUCAAAUAAAUUUAUGAAAUAGUUAUAUUUAUUGGGUGGUGUAUGAAUUGCUCUUUUUGUCUUUCAACCAGGCAAUUUUUAAAAACUAACAAACUUGGUAUUCUGCAGUUGUUGCACAUUCAUUAGCUCUUACUUUUGCUUUGCAUGUGAGCUGCAUAUUAUGGAAACUAUCCCCUAUGGCAUCUGAUACAGGUUCGCUCAUGAUCCUGUAUUUGGAGCAAACCUCUGGAAAGAGGUAGGACUUCCCACUCUAUAGGCAGAGGUAAGAGUACCGUGCUGCUACGUUGUUGGCAUCCCUCUGUCUGGAGAGACAAUGGAGUGUGCCUCCAGGGGUGAAGAGAAACAACUGCAUUAGCAGCACUGAAGUGACCUCAGGGCACAAGCCUGGGCAGUUGUCUGGAGGUCUUGGGCUGCCCAGAUGACAGGACUCCCCCUCCUCUCUCAGCCUCACUGAUGUGGUCCAAAGAGAAGCAGGGCUAUAUGUUUGACACCAGCUUGGCUGCAGGAGUUGCCAGAAGGGGGCGUACCAAGGCACCAUCCACCCAUCUUAGGGACUCCAGAUUUGCGUGGGAUUUAUUGCUUAGCCUUUUCUUCUCCCGAAGAUGUCCCUAACUCACCAAGGAUUUGAGACCCAUCAGCUACCCUCACCUGGUUUAGCCAGCCAAUCAAAGCCAUUUCCAGGGUGUGGCUGCUGCCGCAUACUGGCAGCUUCUAGUAGCCACAGGUGAAAGCUGAGUGCAGGGUAUGGACCAAAGGUGGACAAAUUACCCCAGAAGCUGCACAAUAUGUCCCCCACCAGAGAUACUACCUCUCCCCUAACACCCUAUACUUGUGCGUUUAUUCUAUAAACAUCUUAGAAGUUCACCAGUGUGGUUGGAUGAAGGCCAGAAGACCCCAAGAUCAAAUCCCAGCUCAGUCAUCAAGUUUGCCAGGCAACUUUUGGCCAAUUGGUCUCAGUCUACCCUACUUCAUAGGGUUGUUGUGAAUAUUACAUUGAAAGGUGAGGCACAUGUAUGCUGACCUGAGCUCUUUGGAGGAAAGUGGGGAAGUAAUUAAAUAUAAAAAUUAAAAGAUAAAACAAUUUGUUAACAGGUAAGGAAUCUCCAUACCAUCUGCUGCCUGUCACAGUUAGUCUGAGACUUUAUUUGAAGAAAAACUGCUUUCUGCCUGUUAAAGGGGCUGGGCUGGCUACUGACUUCCAUAUGAUCUCCGUUCCUUUUGGGAUUUUUUACAUUGCCUGUAGCUCCUGCUAAAAGGUAGGUGUGUUGAAUUAGUAAUUAAUUGCUUUUUAAAAAUUAGAUAUUUUGAACUUAGGAGCUAGCUCUACUAGGAGUGUUGGUGUGUGAAAAUUUUGAGCUUUGUGAAUUGUUCUUCUUUGUCUCAUUGCUUGAGUCCUGCAAGCUCCCUAGUGUUCCUUCUAAAGACAUAUACCAUAUUGUUAUCCUUCUUGACAAUUAUACUUUUUUUUGCAGUGAAACUUACUAAAUGUACAGCUCAUUUAACAUGAUGGUGUGGUUUCUGGGGUUUUUUUGUAUGCAGUCUGAGCACUGAGCUGCAGAUAAUAUUUUUACACCUGACCUCGAUGUGAUAUGGUUGCCCAUUCAAUUUUCAAUAUUCCUCUGUAGCACUGGCAUAUGAUGUCUCUAGUAACAACCAUGCUCAGAGCAACCUUUUAAAAGCUCUCAUGUCACCUGCUAGUGGUGAUGCAGGAGCAAUCAGCUGGAGUGAAUUGCCUUGUUACAAAGCUGAAUAGAGCACAGCUGUGCCAAAAACAGUCUUACUGGUCUGCAAAUCAAGGCCAAAGGCUCAUAUCAGGGAUGUGCGAGCAUCAUUGUGAACACCGACUUCUGAUGUUGCCUCAAUUCUGGUGAAAAGUAAGUGCAUUGAGUAUAAGGUAAAAAAAAGGCUAUUCUUUUUUUUUCCUUAGUGGGUGAGGAUUCGUGAAGACCCUGGUUUUCUUACAUUUUAAUACUUUAAAGGUGGUAGAAUAAGGUAACAAAAGACAGCACAUAAAUUAGGUUACAAGGUGGUGAUCUAUAUGCCCUUAUGGCAUGGCUGGACCCCAGGCUAAUAUAGAAGGUGCUAGUGAGGGGGACAUUGGUUAGCUGAAAAAUAAAUGCAAAUUUGAUCACAUUUGAAUUCCUAAAUAUUUUAAGUAUUUUGUUGCACAUGUAUGUAUGUAUGUAUGUAUGUAUGUAUGUAUGGGGAUUCUUCUAACCCCUUCCCCAGAUGUGGAGUUUGGGUAACAUUUUGACUUGAUGAUUGCUGUUUCUUCCAGGCUGGAGUGGGUGAUUGUGGUUCUCCAGAUGUUGGACUUCAACUCCCAUUAGAUCCCAUCAGCUUGGUCUAUGGCAGGCACCCCCAAACUGCUGCCCUCAAGGUGUUUUGGCCUACAACUCCCAUGAUCCCUAGCUAGCAGGACCAGUGGUCGGGGAAGAUGGGAAUUGUAGUCCAAAACAUCUGGCGGGUCGAAGUUUGGGAGUGCCUGGUCUAUGGUCAGGGAUGUUGCUACAGGCACUAUUAAGAUGGUUGGGUUAUAAUUUUAAAUAAAUUGGAGUGGAGAGAGAAGUAUGUGUGUGAAGAGAAAGGUGAGUAAGGAGUGUUUGAAAAUGUGGCUUGGGUUAAGGAUUCAGCAUGUUCUGCGUCGGGUGUAGCGAUGUGUAUAGAUGUUAGGAGACUAUAUAUUUAUUAGAUGUUUUGCUUCCUCACAUUUGUGAGUUCAGCAGAGAGCAUCCUUUUGCAGCUUAAAAAGCAACUUAGAUAGGCUAGUUUUAGCCUUUCAGUUUAAGUAAUGCAGGAUGCUUUAAAGCAGACUGGAUUCUCCUGAUACCCCCCCUUUUUCUCCCCCUUAAAACAAUAAUCACACAAACAACAUUAUAAAAGGUAAAAAUAGCCUUUACUCAGAGUUUCUGUUGCAGAAUAACAGAUACAGCAGCUUUGUUCAGGCAGGCUUAAAAUGACAAUUGAAUUAAGCGGUGUCUGAACUACGAAGCUCAGCCAUGCAGAUUGUUCUCAGCUCUCUGGCUUGUGUUGGGCAAAAAACUUUUUUGCCUGGAUUUUCACAUUUUGAAACAUGGCAACCCUAGGUAAGGAGAAUAAAUCUCAGAGUUCUCUCUAGCAAACUGGUCCAGGAGCUUCAACUUCUAACACUGCACAGGUAAAACAUUCCCUCAAAGGGAAUGUUUAAAAUGCUGCUUAAAAAUUCUUUGUCAAUAGCAAAUAAAAGCUAGGAAGGAUAAAUAUGCGUAGCAUGGAAGUCUAAGCAAGCUAAAGAGAGAUCAGUGUUGUUUCAUAAAAAUCACCUUACGAUCCUGAGCGCACAUAAAGAUAUGCAAGGUGAAUAUAUUCUCUUAGAUGUAGAACUGGUGCAGAAUAAUAUUCUUGUCGAUGUGUAAGGUCUUAAUAUGGAUGACCCUAGACUAGGGAUGAGGAACCUCUGCCCCUCCAGAAGUUAAUGGACUCCAAUUCUUAUCAAUUCCCCCAGCCAACGCAGCUAGCUGCUGGUUGGUGAUGGGUGUUAUAGUUUUAAAUACUCUAUAGCGCCAUAGACACCCCCCCCCCACCUCUAUUUUAGGCCCUCUUGGAUAAGUAACCUGUAUCCUAGUCUGAACCAGGAC